UAAGAUGCUUGCAAAACGUAACACUCAGCAUUCCGCUUUAGUUUAUUUUCAAACGCGCAGGUGACAACACGGAAAGAAACCAAAACAACAUAGACUCAUAAACACCCCCUCCCCUUGCACAUCAAACAAUGAAAAAAGAAUGCCGCAACAUCUAACCAAAUCGUGUCUCAGUGCCCAUGAUCAACAAGUCUUGGAAUCGAUUUUCAAUCCUUUGGAACUGACAUCCGCCUUAGCACCACAACUUAUCAAUGCUGAUUCCACUGAAGUUUUAAUAGACGUCGAUGAUUAUGCGGAGCCCAAGGAGAUUGUGGAAAAAUCAAAGCUAUUGGAAAUCGAAGCAGUUAAAUUGGUAGAAGAAAACCAUUUGGAUGAGGCAGCAUUCGAGAAAUUCAGAGAAGCCUUAGCAUUAACCCCGAAACGAGCAUCGAUUUACAACAAUAGAGCUCAGGCGUUGCGUUUGGCUGGCAAAGAUGAAGAUGCCUUCGACGAUCUCAACAAGGCCAUAGAGUAUGGGGCAACACAGCACAAGACGAAAUGUCAUGCCUUAUGUCAACGCGGCGUUCUCUAUCGCAAAAUGGAUAAAGUAGACGAUGCCAGACGCGAUUUCGAAGAGGCAGCAAAAAUGGGCAGUAAAUUUGCUAAAACGCAACUGGUUGAAAUAAAUCCGUUCGCAGCUCUGUGCAAUCAAAUGUUGCGCCAGGCUUUUGAUCAACUAAAGUGAAAACUGUUUGUUUUUAAAUAUUUGUUAAGUUUCAUAAGUUUAUAGAAAAUAAAAAGAAAACAAGUUAAAAAGUAUCAGUCGGUAUUGCCGCCAGAGAUAUACCCUCAGCCUAUGUUCGAUUAUCUAAAUAUAUUUUGACUAGUGUUAAGGUUAUUCAAACGUUUGACCCUCUAUGGAGCAGAUCCCGAAGGAAUGGGCCAAUAUUGCCCAUUUCCUAUCGGACCCAAAAUAUGAUAUAAAUAUUUCGACAGAUGUGCCAAGUCUAAAUGGAAUCGGAUGUUAAUUUGGCGAUUUAUGAGCUUCAUGGGUACUCAAAAUUUCAAUAUUUUGUGGGGGAGGUACCAGAAGAAGUGGACCGAUGUAUUCCCCCUUCACACCAGACCAUGGGCUAAUACAAAUAUUAGGAUGUGUGAAAUUUGAAGACAAUUGGACUUUUACAUCACAUUUAAUGAGAUUGUAAUUAUUCAAAAUUUUGACCAUUUGUGUGGGAGGUACUUGAUAGAGUGGACCGAUAUUGUCCAUUUUCACACCUGUCCUAGUACCGACGCAAAUAUUAGGAUUCGCAAAGUCGGAGCAAAUUCGGAUUAGCCUUUCUCUUUCUGUGCAAAAAAUA